CCUAAAUCCCCUGAUCGGGCUGCCAGCCCCCCUCUGAACAUGUCCUCCUUCAGACGCACAAUCUGAGCCUGUUCAUGUCAUGACACGGAGCAGCGCAGGACCGAAGAGGUCGAAUCCUGCAAACACCUUGGAUCUCUGCAGAUGCCUCUUCUCCUGAGUCUACAGCCUGGUUCUUUCUGAAAUAUGCAAUGUUCGCUGGGCUGCUCGGCUCUCUUUCAGCUGCACUUUGUUUUCAUGCUGGCAGCGAGCCACGAUGAGCCAUCCGGCAGAUUUCUCUCCUUUUCCUCUGCUCAAGGUCACUCCUCCCCGUCAGGCUCAGGUCCCUCCAUCGUCCACCCUGUGAGAAUCAGCGCUGAUGGGGAGUUUGUCUCCCACUCCUUGUCUCACCAUUUCAGGAGAGUCAGGCGUGAGCUGCGGUCCGUCUCUCCAGAGGAACAGGUCUAUUACAAGCUCAGUUACAAUGGCCAAACUUUAACAUUCAAUUUGACCAGAAACAACCACCUACUGUCAACUGAAUACAUCAUUGAGAGGAGAAGGAAUGGCAUUUCCAACAGGACUGAGCAUGAUCAGACAGAGGGUAACUCCUGCCACCUCAUGGGCACAGUGGAAGCCCCUGGUGUUGAAGGAACGGCUGCCAUCAGCACCUGCAAAGGACUGAGAGGAUUCUUUUCUCUGCCAGAGGGGCAUUUUUUCAUUGAACCUGUUCAGAAAUCGCUCAGUGAUCCUGCAGGGGUUCCAGAGCCGCACGUUGUCUAUCCAAGAUCCACAAAAGAAAACCAAAGAAGAAAGCGCAGCCUUGAGGCCAAACAGACUCCAGGCUCCUGCGGAGUUCAAGAUGCUUCAAGUGACUCUCUCCAGGUGGAAAAAGAGAGGGAGGAAUGGGAGAGGGAGCAGCAGAGGGAGGGGGCUCAGUCCCGUUCGCAGCGCUCAGUCAGCCGAGAGCGAUGGGUGGAGACCAUGGUGGUGGCCGACUCCAAACUCAUUGAAUAUCAUGGCAGUGAAAAUGUUGAGUCCUACAUAUUUACCAUCAUGAACAUGGUUGCUGGAAUAUUUCAUGAUGCCAGUAUUGGAAAUGCUAUUCAUGUCAUCCUAGUGCGCCUCAUUCUGCUACAAGGAGAUGAGAAAGGAUUGAAAAUAGUUCACCAUGCAGACACAACUCUGUCCAGUUUCUGCGCAUGGCAGAAAAACCUGAAUCCACAGAGUGACACUCACCCAGCUCACCAUGAUCUGGCUGUUCUUAUCACAAGAAAAGAUAUCUGUGCAGGAAUGAACCAGCCCUGUGAGACUCUCGGUCUUUCUCAUCUGUCUGGGAUGUGUCAACCCCACCGCAGCUGCAACAUCAAUGAGGAUUCAGGACUGCCUGUGGCCUUCACUGUUGCUCAUGAAAUGGGCCACAGUUUUGGGAUUCAUCACGACGGCCAAGGGAAUGACUGUGAGGUGGGAGGAAAACACCCUUUCAUCAUGUCAAGGCAACUUUUGUAUGACAGUUCACCUCUUACGUGGUCCUCCUGCUCAAAAGAGUACAUCACACGCUUCCUCGACCGAGGCUGGGGUUUCUGUUUAGAUGAUCGUCCUUCUAAGAGGGAUCUGAGCACCCCUCUGGCUCGUCUUGGUGUCCGCUACACCCCCCUUCACCAGUGCCAGCUCCAGUAUGGUCCAAAUGCUACUUUCUGUUCUGAGGUUGAUAACGUUUGCCAAAUUCUUUGGUGUUCAGUGAAUGGUACUUGUCGAUCAAAGUUGGACUCACCUAUAGACGGUACACGCUGUGGACCAGAUAAGUGGUGUAUUUCUGGAGAAUGUGUAAUUGUUGGUAAACUCCCAGAGACAGUGAAUGGAGGCUGGGGACCAUGGGGUACCUGGUCCCACUGCUCCAGGACCUGUGGAACUGGAGUUCAGUCUGCAGACAGGGAAUGCAACAAUCCCAAGCCAGAGUUUGGAGGCAAGUAUUGCACUGGAGAAAGGAAGCGUUAUCGGACAUGUAACACCAAACCUUGUCAGAAUGAGAAACCGUCCUUCAGAGAAAUGCUCUGCAGUGAAUUUGACACAGUGCCUUACCACAAUGAGCUCUACCAGUGGAUCCCAGUUUAUAACCCACUAAAUCCCUGUGAACUUCACUGCCGACCAGUUAGUGAGUAUUUUUCGGAGAAGAUGCUCGAUGCGGUGACUGAUGGGACCCCGUGCUUCAUGAACGAGUCCAGAAACAUCUGUGUCAAUGGAGUGUGCAAGGAGGUCGGCUGCGACUUUGGUAUUGACUCAAACGCAGUGGAGGAUCGUUGUGGAGUGUGUCUGGGAGACGGCAGCAGCUGUGAGACAGUUUCUAAGACAUAUGAGGAACAGAGAGGUUUUGGGUACGUGGACGUGGGGGUGAUACCUGCGGGCGCCCGAGACAUUCUGGUGAGGGAAGCCGAGGAGGCCGCUAACUUCCUGGCCCUUAGAAGUGUGGAGAGAGACGAGUAUUUCCUCAAUGGGAACUUAAUCAUCCAGUGGAAUGGCGAAUACAAGGCAGGUGGGACAACAUUCUACUACGAGCGCAGUGGAAACAUGGAGAACCUCACAUCACCUGGCCCAACCAAACAGCCAGUAAUGCUUCAGUUGCUUUUUCAGGAGGAGAAUCCAGGUAUCACGUUGGAGUACACCAUCAAGAAGAGUAAAGUAACAGAAAAUGAGGUCCCUGAACCUAUUUAUAUCUGGAGACACGGAGCCUGGACACACUGCAGCACCACCUGUGGCCUCGGAGAGCAGCACCAGCCAGUGCUGUGUUUUGAGGUAGACGUGGGUGUCGUGGAUGAGUCGUUGUGUGACCAGGACAGCCGGCCAGAAGACAGACACCGCAGGUGUAAGAAUAUGGAAUGUCCUGCGAGGUGGUGGGUUGGUGGUUGGCAGCAGUGUACAGAAAGCUGUGGAUCAGGAGGAUUGAGGAAGAGAACUGUUCUUUGUGUACGCAAUGUUUCAGGAGAAGAGAGGGUACUCCACCCUGUGGAAUGCAAGCAUCUGCUGAAACCAAAACCUUCUUUACCAUGCAACAGAGAUGUUCCAUGUGGGCAGGAAUGGGCUUUUGGCAACUGGGAGGAGUGCCCUGUCACAUGUGGAGGAGCUGUUCGAUCACGCACCGUGACAUGCACAUUAGCGCCUAAGAUGACCUGUGACCCUUCAACCAAACCCAGGUCCAAAUCACUGUGUGCUUUGCAGAGCUGCCCAAACUCAAGUCUUCACAGACGAUACGGGAUUCCUCCUGCGCACCGUCGUAUUUACCCAAAUAAAACGUAUCCAACUAUACAUCCUAGUUCACCUUCAUUAACAUACAUAAGCUCUACAGCUGUGCCUACAUCAACCACCGAAGAAACUACAAUAGCUACCACAAAAUCCACUUUUAGUUCUCAAGCUACAGUUUCUGAAAUUAUAGACCCCAAUGAUCGUGAGUUUAGUGCUUUGGUGAGGAAAAAUAAAGAUGCAAAAAAGAAGGUUUAUCCCAAAAAGUCAAGUUCAACUGAUAAGAAAAGAAAAGCAAGUGUUAGAGCCAAGGAAAAUAUAGACCUAGAAGAGGGAAGUGCUGAGGAUGGGGGGCUGUACUCCCCAGGAUAUGAUUAUAUUGUGGAGGACAACACGAAAGAAGAAGAGAAGAUUAUUGACCUGGAUUUUUUCACCACGGUGACGUCUCUAACAAGUCUUCUUCAGACAACCACACCAAAACCACAAGCACGUCCACUUACCAAACAUAUAACUAGAGUGCCACCCACAACUGCUUCACCAUUCUUUUUUACCAGUACUGACACAUGUUCAAGGACAACCCAGCACUUACCCAACAUCAACACCACCUCAAAUGUCAAACCAUACCGCCCAUGGACACAACGGGUUCCUCAAACAACUCCCAUGUAUAGGUAUGGCUCAGUCCUCUCAAAAACUGGCUUCAAAAUAAAGCAGGUUCCUAAACCAACCAUGAAAAAAACAUCCACCACUGCAACUGUACCUCAUGUGCCAUUAACUCACAUGAAGAAGACCUCUGCAACAACCAAGAAAAACAUUCCAACUGCUCGUGAUAUGAAAACCUCUUCCAGGUCCAAAGGAAGCCACUUUAAAAGCCAAAACCAGCAGCCAAGAAGUCUGCAAAGCAGUUCCAUCAGUGACCGAGGCAACCUGAUAACUAGAGAACCUGUUAAAAUGGAUACAUAUUGGAUUGUUGGUAACUGGAGUGAGUGUUCAACAACGUGUGGACUUGGAGCUGUAUGGAGAACAGUGGUGUGUAGUUCAGAGAAGGACGAGGACUGCACCAACAUGAAGAGACCGGAGCCUGCACGAACAUGCCGCCUGCAACCAUGCGCUACCUGGAAAACUGGCAGCUGGAGCAAGUGUCCAGAAAACUGUGGGUUGGUUAGAAGGAGGCAUCGUGAUGUCCAGUGUGUGGAUUCUCAGAGCAAGCGUCCACUCAGACCUUUCCACUGUCAGACUGUGUCCAGCAGACCUUUAAGCUCCCUGGUUUGCCCCCACAAGCCGUGUAUGAACUGGACCGUGUCACCUUGGGGGCUGUGCUCUGGUAGCUGUGGUGAAGGCAUCAGAGAGCGACUGGUGUCCUGCCCAGAACCUCAUCGCUGCAGCUCCACUUUAAGGCCGAACAGUACAGAACAGUGCAGUUUAAAGCCCUGCGCACGUUGGAAAACUGAGGACUGGGAGGAGUGUUCUGUGAGCUGUGGUGAGGGUCAACAGCAGCGUGCUGUCAGUUGUGUGGGAGAAAAGGAUUCGGCUGUUGUGCCAAACCGCCUCUGUGCGAAGAUUUCAAAACCAGAAACACUCAGGAAAUGCAACGUACAGGAAUGCAAGAAAAGCUCAGUUUGCAGAAAAAACACCAUGUCCUCCCGCUUCUGUGACAAGCUGAAGCUGUUGGGUCGCUGUGUGCUAAGGUCGGUCCAAAAACAGUGCUGCUUUACCUGCAGAGUGACACCAAGACUGGAAUCAUCAUGACUGAUAAUAGUCCAACCCAACAGCCAUCCACAGACUCAGAAACCAAAGUUCUAAUAAAAUCUUUAGCAAGUCAAACUAAAUCAUUGCAAACAGGGAUGCUUCAGUGAUGUUUCAGAGGUCAACUGCAUUUCUCUUGUUGCUUCCUUCAUGUGUUUGGUAUUUGUUCAUCUGCUUUAGUAUAUUGUUGGAUCAUAACUAGAUAAUAUAAAAGGUCAAAACACUCACAGAGUAUAAUAGAUAUACCUGACCAUGACAGACAUUUUAGUAUCAAGGCAAUUUAUGAUAAAAAGCUAAAUAAACACUAUUGGAAAAGUACACAGCAGUGGCAUGAAGGUAAUUAGAUAACUAAUAAACACAACAAAAAAAUAGCAAAAAUGAAUACAUAAAAAAAGAUAUAAAAAAUUAUAAAAUGAAUAAUUAUAAAAAAAUUAAAAGUUGGUUUGCAAACAUAAAUGCCUCUUCAGUCUGCCAACAACACUUCCUCAUGCUGUUUUCACCUUAGUUGAACAACUGCUAUCCACUACAUUUUCACUUAAAGGUAUAGUGGAGGAUUUUUGCAAAUUUUUGAAAAAAUAUGCACAUGCACAACCCUGUACCUGCUCCUGAAAGGGAACACCUAUUAGACGCGUGUGAGAGCAUGCAUGAGCCCAUUUAUC